AUUACCCUGAUUCAAUCUGACUGGAGUUGCGGUGGAGCUCAUGUGGAAAAGCCCAAAGAGACUCACACGGCAAAACUUUCUCAAGCAUUUUUAUCGAGUAAACUUUGAGGAGAAACAACUAGCACGUUGAGCAGAGCUAGGAAAGCGUCCUGCUGCCAUCUGCUGGAUAGCAGAAACACCUGCAGGUGGACGUCUGAGAGACUGGCGUCAUUAUCAACUUGACGCCGCAUUUCCUCCGCGCGUUGUCAGGUAACGGAAGUGUGAGUGUGUAGGCAUGAGUCUCAUAGAGCGGAAUUCAUCCGUCUGGAGACGCAGAGACCCGUUUCCAAACGUCCGCGCGGCAGGGAAGCUCAUUCCAGUUGGUGACAGAGCCAAGACUUGUCUGCAGGAAAUUACAGCAGGGACUGUAACUCCACCUGUGGUGAGAAAGUUUGUCCAUUCUGCUCGGCCACCCGUUGGGACAGUUCGGGUCUUCCAUGGAAAAGCAAAUGAUCCUGAUAUUGCCAGCACACUAGUGCAUGGUGUGAACACUAAAUCAUCCAUUAAUGCUGGAUCAGUGAUCAAUCCCUCACCAAAAACCCGCUUCCAAGAGAGGCUGCGUCAUCUUCAAGAAAUCAAUUAUGCAACCAGUCAGAAAGCUCCUCUUGGGAGGUCACGAGUUCAAGGUCUACCAAGCUGGCUUGACCCUGAGGGAACUACUUUUGGUGUCGCAACGCUCCAGUUAUCUAAUGGUGGUGAGAUCAUCAAUCCACCCAAAACCGCACAUCAAGUGAAGAAGGAAGCGGUCGAGGGACAUCAGCUCUACGUUCGCUCACACGGAUCCUACUUUGUAGGGGAGCGUGUGGACAGGAAGUACAAUUGGGGUCACUGUGGGAGAGAAAGUAGGUUUGGUGUCCCUACGCCUCAUUACAAUGAUGGGAGAACCAUCUCCAGAUCUUUGCAAUGGCCCUGUGACUCACUAAUGCACAACAGCGCAAAAUUAGUCUCGAAACGCUGCGAUGACUUCAGAGAGAAGACUCAACCGCAAACAGGCAAAGUUCAUGAUCCAAUUGCAGAGACAUUAAACGUUCCCAGUGAUCACACAUUCGGAGUCUUGAUGAAACCUGACAGCUUUGGUGCAGGUGACCUCCUGCAUCAAACUCCACCUGGCGAUUACCUGAAAGGCAAAGACAGACAGCGAGCGCUGAUCAGCGCUGUUCGCCAGCACCUCAAGAAGUCCAACUACCAGAACUUCAGCUCAUUACUAGAAGCAUUCAGAUACUACGACAAGAAGGGUCAAGGGAAAAUCGAUAAGGAGGAUCUGAAGGAAGUUUGCCACCAGUUUAACAUGAUUGUCAGUGAGCCGGUGCUUGAUGAUCUCAUGGAAUACUGUGAUGUUGAUAAAGACGGACUGAUCGACUUCAUGGAGUUUUCCAAUUUUCUCAAUUGGAAAGACAAAAUGCCGAUCACCAGGGUGGAGCAGAAAAUUCUCACAGGAGAACGCAUGGCUUGGACGGCCCCAGCUAACAUGCAGCGCACAGACCUCCAGAAAUCCAACGCCGUGAAGCCUUUAAUUAGACCUGAAGAUCUGGAACCUGUUGAGUUGGGAUACACCAGGAAGACUCCAAAAACCCUGUCAAGGCCAAGAACAGUGCAAAACAACUUCAUCACCUCAUCUUCUGUCAUCAGUGCUGUCGUGGGUGGACUUUCCUCUGCUGAUGAUCGCACAUACGGAGUACCAACAGUACGGAGCGAUCUACCUGCUCCUCGUAUCAAACGUGUCAGCGACAGGACAAACUACGGAGACGAAGCAACAGCACAUGAUCUACUGAACCCCCCUCUGCAUUCCCUCCACGGAGUCCAUGAAAGAGAGUUUUUCAGUCCUCGCACUAAAGAUGAGAUUGCACAGAUAUUCCAAAAAGUGGGUCUUGAUGUUGGUGAGGAGACAUUUGAGGAGGCCUGGAAGUUGGCGUCCUUAAGACAUCCUGCUGGUGACGUAUGUGUGGAAAGCUUUCGACAUGUUCUUCAUGAACUACGGGCAAAUUAAAUCUAAAGUCUGAGUAUUUUAAUAGUCUUUAAGCAGGUGUUUAUUUAGAAUGCACUGUUAAAUAAAGACUUGCAUUAAAAAGCAUGAUCCUUAACAAAUUUGUUUCAACUUGAUAGCAAGAUUUGGUGACACCCAGUGUUAUUAUAUUUGAGAUUAUAGUUUUUAUUAAUAUUUUGAAUUACUCUUUAUUUUGUUUUCAUUUCAAAUUUAGUUAAAAUUGUAGUUUUUUUUGCACUUCUGUCAUUUUUAUUGGUCUAUAAUUUUGAUUAAUAAUAAUUUUGUUAGUAAUAAUCAUUUAUCACUUAUUAAUUAGUUAAAGAUUAUUUUACGUAACAACACUUAUGGUUUUAUUUUAAGUUUUAGUUAACUAUAAAAACCCUAGUGACACCAUAAUUCAAAGUUUGCCUUCAUUCAGACCAUUUAGGAGAAAUGAAUGUCAAAAAAUUACAAGUAAAAGCUGAGGUAAAGCUCUAGGUGCCUUUCAAUGGAUUAUUUCAGUAAUAUGAUAAAUGCAGAAACUGCCUGUGGAAAGAUUUGUUUCAUUUGAGCAAUUAUCAGCGUGGACACACUAAACUAGUAAUCAUUACUACGCCGUUGUUUAAUUGGAAGUGGGUUCAGACCCUCAUGACUUCUGCAACUGCAGUAUUUUAUUAGUUCAGAUCCAUUAUUGGGUCAGCGGUAAUUUCGGCCAUGUUAUUUGUUUAAUUUAGUCUCUUGUCAAAUGAAGCAAAGUGCUGCAACGGGCCUGACUGCAAUAAGAAGUGCCCUCAACGUAGCGUAAUAAUAGCCCAGCUUAGUAAUGAAUUUUUGCCUCCCAGGAUAAUAUUAUUGAGUUUACUUGGAGGACGUACGCUGCAUUUAGAGUUUGAGAGAGAUGGAGAUUGCUGUCAAUUACCGUUUUCUCCCAAAGGACUUUAUCACAGUCCUGAUGUUAAGUGGGAGUCGGCGUGUGUGUGUGUGUGUGUGUGCGCUGUACCCUGUAUAGUUUGGGCAAAUGUUGUUAUCUGUUAUGAAUAUUAAUGGUUAUUUGCCACCUGGAUAUUAGUGUUCCCUGGUUAUUGGGUAAAUUAUUACAUCUCUUGGACUAGUAAAUCUCUUUUGUUUGUGAAACGAUGAACAUGAACCUGCUUCUUUUCACAAUCCAAUCCAUUUUCUAUGCUUAAGAUGACGUCCCGCUUAACAUUUUGGGCCUAUCGUGACUUGUAAAUGUCAGAUUAAAGAAGUAAAAUGGGUUUUGAGCUGCAUUUGGUGUGGAGUUUAAAUGCACAAAUUCAUCUGCCUAAUUUGGCAACAUCAAUACAGCCCAUCAGAAACAUGAGUUAAUGUUUAGUAGAAUAAACAGAUUAUUAAUAACAGCAGAGAGUCCCUAAUCCAUGAUAAAAGCCUAGAGGAGUGCAAAAUAGCUUUG